UUAACCCUCAAGAUAGAAAGCAUAUAGCUAGCUAGAGUGUCAAAAAAGAGAAAUGGCUCAUGAGAAUGAUGAAGAUGAUGAGAUUGAGCAACAUCUUAUUCGCAGGAUCAGUCAUGAGAUUGAAAAUCAAGGUGCUCGAGUAGAGCAAACCGAUCCAGUGAUCAAAGAAAUCAAGGGUGUGCUCGACAUUCUCAGAAAGAAAACCAACGAUAACCCAAAAUUAGUUGCAAAAGAAUGGCCAAGUUUAAGAAGAGAAAAUCUUUAUUACCUCAACAACUUGUUCACAGAAUGGCAAAUGACCAAAAACCUUGCAGCAACCUCACCCAUUAAGUCCGCGCCUGCAGGCGGUCAAGAUAUUAACAAAAGUGAUGAAAACAUCAAGAAAAACUUGAAGAAAAUGAGGAAAGAUCUUUCUGGUGACCACUCAGAAGGAUCUGUAACUCAGCGUCCUCGUAGUAUUGUUCUUGAUGAUGAGGAGGAAGAAGAACGGAGGAGGCAUCCUAUUUUCGAAAGACACAAAGGCGAUGUUUAUAGAUGGAGUUCAAGAUAUGGACCAAGGAAAGUUCAUGGUCUUGACCAUCUUGUCAUGGCAAUGGAGAGGGACCUUGUUAUGAGAAAUCUUGACGAGCCAUUCAAAGUGUUUGGGAUCACGGGUGUAGCCGGUAUAGGCAAAACAACACUUUGUCAGCAAAUUUUCAACCUCGAGUCAGUAAGGAAACACUUUUGUCCAAGGAUAUGGGUUUGUCUGUCUAGGCAGCCUAAAGACAGAGUCGAAUACAAAGAAGAAGUUGUUGCAAGGAUCUUGAAGUGUUUAGGAGUUGAAGACAAAAUCAUUGAAAAUGCGGAAAAGGGAACCGACGGGCUAAAGCGGCUGAUUCUGUUACUAAGGUUGCAGCUUACCGGAAGGCGAUAUCUGUUGGUUCUUGAUGACGCGUGGUGUGACAUCAAAGAUGACAAGUUCUUUUCGCACUUGACACAAAAAGAAAAAAUGGAUGAGAACUGGGGACAUGAGUUGGCAUAUGCAUUGCCAAAAGGGUGUGGCGGGACGAUUAUUUGUUCAAGCCGUUCGCAAAAUUUACUGAAAAGGAUGCUCGGGAAAGAAGCUAGUUUGACGGUUAUGAAGCGGCAAACGGACGCAAUCAUUGAUGAGAUAUUUAAAGACAAUGUGAAAGGAUAUGAUGAAGAUGAGAGGGAAUUCCCUGAGGAUCUGACACGUUUGAAAAAAGAGAUAUUGAAAAAAUGUGAUGGCAUUCCUUUGGCUGCUACAUUGCUUGCUAAAAUUGCCCGGGAAGGUCUCCCCGUUAAGCACUGACCGCCACCAACGACAACAGUUGCUGGUGGAGGUCAUGAGAGUAUAACUCCUGCUACUGAUGGUGGUGUGACGCGGCUUGACUAAAGACGUCAUGGCGUGUUCGGGCUGGGGUUUAUUAGCAAAACCCACUUAGUACAGAGGAAUAAUGAUCAGCCUUCAACUAGAUCCAAUUUAUCAGAUGGAUAUAAACGGAGGCUUAAUUACCAUACGGUUUUUCUUUUUGUGUGUUUUCUCUGUUUAAUGAAUACAGAAUAAUCAAAAUAGUUGUAUUAUUGGUUUGCUUUUUAGUGGUCAUGAAUCUAAUAUAU